ACACUUAAGUUACACUGUUGAGUAGAUAUAAUUCCUUGAUGACAACUUGUCGCCCGAAGGUAAGAUAGAUAUGCACGCUAGAGCAAGGCUCUUAGACUUGAACUUCGUAUGUUAGUGGACGUAGCACUAGAGGAUACUUAGUAGAGGAAGUGAGUGUUCGUGCUUAGGCGUUAGAUUUGGACUUAGUUGGUGAAUCUUCUAGCGAUGUAGAAGAAAUAGUUGACUCUUCCAACGGUGUAGAAGAAGUUUGAUAUUUCCCAAGGCACUCCAAUCGACUAGUUAGACUUUGUGAUGUAGUACGCCAUAUGUUUGUAAUCUACGACACAUGAACGUAUCUGUAACUGAACUCUACUCUAUUAUGUAAAUUUAUUAUCAUUUAUUUAAAGUAGUUUAGUUUAUACCCUUUAUCUUCGGUGGUAAGGAUAGUGAAAAUGAUGUUCAAUGCGCAAGUUUAACAAAUUUAUCUCAGCGCCAUCUAGCAGCCAAUUUGUAAAACACACCACAGAAUAUCAAACUAUUGAGAAUCUUAGCCCCUCCAUUGCAGUUUCCAAUGUUCCAGGGCUAUUGUGAUUGUGUAUUACUGUUAUGUUUAUACGACCGUGCCUCAGUGCUUCGGGCAAUGCUUUAGUUACAAACUGUACGUGAAUCUAUGAUAGUUCCAUAUUAUUAUAGUUUAAUGGUUUCGUUCGACUGUGUUGAUUGUGUUAUGUCCCGUACAAGCAACGGAUGUAGAAAUUACAUGAAUGUAUUUUAAUAUUUAUAUGUACUUCUUAGUCAAACGUACUUCAUCUAUAAAUAUCUCAAUUUUUUAAAAAUAAUAGUAAUGAAAGUAAAAUAAUGGCUAGUAUGAGCGAAAUACUUAAUGCUAUUGCUAAAGAAGCAAGUUUGUCUUCAAAUAAUAAUGUAUCUACGUCAGAACAGUCAAAUUUUCCAUCUAUACCGAUUAUAUAUUCUCCUUAUGUAGUUUCUAGUCGUGGAAAAUCCAAUGCUAGAAAAGAACAGCAGCUAAAACGGGGUUUUAGUCUUCGUCGUUCACCAAGCGAUGAUGAUAUUCCUACCAAAGACACUAUCAUGAAAAAUUUAAAUGUUUCAGUUGAAGAAGAAGAACGUACCGCACAAUAUUUUCAUUUUCUUUUGAAUAAAGAGACGGAUAGAUUAACCGAAUUAUGUGAAAAGUGGAUGAAAAUUGCGAUAGAAGCUAAAAUUACAGAAAUUGAUCGACUGGAAAUAAAUCGAGUUAUUGAACAGACAUAUUUGUUAAUAAAUAAAAAGUUUGAUAGAUUUCGUCAAUUGGUUACUAAUUGCGAAACAGGGAAAGGAGAAAUGUUAGUUACAUGUAAAGAUUUGCAAGGAUUUUGGGAUAUGAUGUACAUGGAUAUAAAAAACUGUGAUUUACAAUUUGAAAAAUUGGGGGAUCUUUGCUCACAGGGCAGGAAAGAAGACGUGUUUGUUAACAGAUCAGUUACUAAAAACACAUUAAAUUCUAUUAAAGCUAUCUUAAUAAAAAGAAAACGGAAGAUGACACCACAAAUUAGAAACAGUGGUGGUAAAAGUAAACUUGAAUCUAAUUUAUAUCAAACGUUGGGUGAUAAAUAUGAAAAGAAUAUAAGUUUUGGGAUAAUCUUCUAG